GUGCCGCUGCCAGCCAGCGCCGGGCAGGCAGGGAGGGAAGGAGGGAGGCAGGGAGGGAGCGGCGCUCGCGCGCCUCGGGCCCGAGAGGAGACAGCGCGGUGCCGCGCCGGGCCGGCAGCAGGAAUCAUGACGACCUCAGGAAAAGAGAAUUUCCGGCUGAAGAGCUACAAGAACAAAUCUCUAAACCCUGACGAGAUGCGUCGCAGGCGGGAGGAAGAGGGUCUUCAGCUACGGAAGCAAAAGAGAGAGGAGCAGUUGUUUAAACGCCGAAAUGUUGCAACGGCUGAGGAAGAAACGGAGGAGGAAGUGAUGUCAGAUGGGGGCUUCCAUGAGGCUCAGAUGAACAACAUGGAGAUGACUUCUAGUGCAGUCAUCACUGCUGAUAUGAUUGAGAUGAUUUUCUCCAAUAGUCCAGAGCAGCAGCUCUCAGCCACCCAGAAGUUCCGAAAGCUGCUUUCUAAAGAACCAAAUCCUCCAAUAGAUGAAGUCAUAAGCACACAAGGAGUUGUGGCCAGAUUUGUGGAGUUCCUGAAGCGGAAAGAAAACUGUACAUUGCAGUUUGAAGCUGCGUGGGUGCUGACAAAUAUUGCCUCGGGAAAUUCCCUUCAGACUCGAAUAGUGAUCCAAGCAGGAGCUGUCCCCAUCUUCAUAGAGCUGCUUAGUUCAGAGUUUGAAGAUGUACAGGAACAGGCAGUAUGGGCUCUUGGCAACAUUGCUGGAGACAGCACUAUGUGCAGAGACUAUGUUUUGGACUGUAAUAUCUUGCCCCCUUUAUUGCAAUUGCUUUCAAAACAGAAUCGUCUCACUAUGACCCGAAAUGCUGUAUGGGCUCUGUCCAAUCUCUGCAGAGGGAAAAAUCCUCCUCCAGAUUUUGCCAAGGUUUCACCUUGUCUUAGUGUGCUUUCCUGGCUGCUCUUUGUCAAUGAUACAGAUGUAUUAGCUGAUGCCUGCUGGGCUUUGUCCUAUUUGUCUGAUGGCCCCAAUGAUAAAAUCCAGGCUGUGAUUGAUGCAGGAGUCUGCAGAAGACUUGUGGAACUGCUGAUGCAUAAUGACUACAAAGUUGUAUCUCCUGCCUUACGAGCUGUGGGAAACAUCGUUACAGGAGAUGAUAUCCAGACCCAGGUAAUUCUGAAUUGUUCAGCUCUGCAGAGUUUGCUGCACUUGCUAAGCAGCCCAAAAGAAUCUAUCAAAAAGGAAGCAUGCUGGACAAUAUCUAAUAUAACAGCUGGAAACAAAGCCCAGAUCCAGACAGUCAUAGACGCCCAUAUCUUCCCAGCUCUUAUAAAUAUUUUGCAAACAGCUGAGUUUCGGACAAGGAAGGAAGCUGCUUGGGCAAUCACAAAUGCGACAUCGGGAGGCUCUGCUGAACAGAUCAAGUACUUAGUAGAACUGGGAUGCAUCAAACCACUCUGUGACCUCCUUACAGUAAUGGACUCCAAGAUUGUGCAAGUAGCUCUGAAUGGGCUGGAGAACAUCCUGAGGCUUGGAGAGCAGGAAUCCAAACGCAGCGGCAGUGGCAUUAAUCCUUACUGCGCUCUUAUUGAAGAAGCGUAUGGCCUGGACAAGAUUGAAUUCCUGCAGAGCCAUGAGAAUCAAGAGAUUUAUCAGAAGGCCUUUGAUCUGAUUGAACACUACUUUGGAACAGAAGAUGAAGACAGCAGCAUUGCCCCACAAGUGGAUAUCAACCAGCAACAAUACAUCUUCCAGCAGUGUGAGGCUCCCAUGGAAGGCUUCCAGCUUUGAGGCACCCCUGUGCUGUGUGCUCCUCUACCUAGCCAAUCCUGUUGUCGAGCCACAAGCCACCCGUGGAGUGAUUCUCUCAAUGUUUUCCAUAACCCUGUUUGCGCUCAUUCGCUUGCCUUGUGCACAUGCUCUUACAUACGUCUGGAAAACUUUUGGCUCUCUGUGGCAGGAUGUCCCCUCCUUGGCAAGGGGUUGCCAGAAUCACCCUUCUCCUCUAGAUUCUGAAUCUCUCCACUGUCAUCUUCGUGGAGUUGAGGCACCUUUCUAUACUUUGAGAUAUUCUCUGUUCCUGUUACAGGAAAGUAAUCCCUCCUCCACUUGGCCCCCCACUCCUGGCAUCCAAGAGAAGGCUGCCUUUCUCUUGUAUUUGCUGCAGAGUGUGCCUGCAGUCCAGGGAGACAUUCAGCCUUUCUGAGAACGUAGCUGAAUUCAUCCCUCAUGUUCUCCCCUGGAUGCCUCUUUGGACGGCUGCGAGAGAUGUGUUAAACCUUCACACGCGUUCUAUCUACCUUGCUGUAUGUGCCAGCUGGGGUUAUUGGCAUGAGGAACAUGUUACAAACAGUGGAGUAAGUUCUCUGGCCCCUGCAACAACAGGCUGCAAUGGACAUGUUUUGUGGUUCUUAGGAAUACUGAACACAUCUGGCCCCAUCCCGUCUCAACACUGAGCUCCCAAGUUGGAUUGCAGACCACUGUGGAGAUUUGUAUACCUUUCCAGUUUUUCCUCUCCAUCCACAAAAAACGAACCUGUGAAUAGGUUACUCUUAACACCUCCCCAGAAAUUACUUUCCAAAACAGCUUCUAGAAUGGAGAAACUGCCCCCACUUCUGCUUGCCAGCACAGUAUGAUCCAGCUGGGCCUUCCUUAAAGAUCAAGCCCUUUCUGGCUCCAUGCUCCAGAGUCUGGUCCCUGGUAUUCUAGUUAUGGCUGAAAAGUUCCUGUCUGCCUCUUUACAUUUUUACACAGUGUGACUUGAACAGAUUUGUCUUCUGAAAAGUUAACUUCUGAAUACAGAAUUCUUAAUUUGUAAAACUUGGCACAAGGAGUGUUAGACCUCCUUUUCAUUUUCACAAGACAAGAGCUUCCUCUCCAGCUCACCUGAUGGAAUAUAGUCCUCCUGGCCAAGGCCCUUAUUUAACUAAAAUGACACUACAUUCACAGGAUAGUACUAUUACAUCUGGAUCCACCUGGCCUUCUCAUUUCACUUUUCCCUUUUACUGUUGAUGAGACUUCAGGUGAAUUAGCAUGGAACGCAUGUUCCUCCAGGUGACAUCUGUAAGGCAUCGUUGACUGCAUGGCAGCUGCCGCACGCAGCUGGAGGCUGCCCUUCUGCUAGCAGCAUGUUCUUGGCUCUGCAACCUGCUUGGAUCACAGACCUCUGAUGCAAAGGCCAGCCACUCCUCACUGAGUUCAGCUGACACUGGCACCAAACUUCACACAUCUGGGGAGAUGCUGCCUGAUUGAAAGUGGCAGUUCCAUUUCGGAGAAUGCAAUGGAUUCCCUAGGCCGUCCGCUCCCCCCUGCAUCGGGCUAUGUUCUUUCAAGCCAUUUUGGAUGCUUGGAACACACAUUUGUCCAGUGUAAACAUUUCAAAAUCGCCACUGGCAACUGCAGCAUCACAUACCUGUGGUAAUGAUUGUGGCAGAACUGUCUUCAAGAUCCUCAUGACUCCUCUCAGUGAUAAGCCACUGCAAAAGCAAAACCAGCCCAUUGGAUACAGAGUUAUAAAAACACAUAAGUCACUUGUCAUACUGCUGAAAGAAGCUAGGCAAAGGCCUGAACAUCAGCUCUGUGUGACCAUUAUUUAAAUAAAGUCUUCUGUCUCUGCUUCAGGAUGGAGACUGACCUGUGUGGCCACUGCAGAAGCCACCUGCUGCCUCCCUAGCUAAGCCAGUUGGCCUCCACUUUCCCUCUCCCAGUUAUUUUCUCUAGUGCUGCUUUGUGCUGAAGGAACAUUUAGUUUACUGCACUUGAUCUGUAAAUGGACUUCAAUUCUUUGUAAUUUUAGGGGGUUAAAUUUGGUGGUUAAUUUAAAAAAGCAAAAAAACCCCUCAAUGUUGCCUUUACAUCACAUAUAAAUAACUGUGUUUCUCUUUUCUUGAAGGGUGAUAGAAGCACUGAUUAGUAGCAAAAUCUUGUUUUAGCUUUUGGAUUUUUUUGUGCUGGAUUUUUUUACGUGUAAAUUUCCAAUAACAUGUCAUUUCUAUAAGAUUUGUUUAAAACCAUGUACCUCUUAUUGGAUGGUAUAAAAAUGCUACAUAUUUUGUAAACAAAUCUGAGCAAAGUGUGUGUGCAUAUAUUCUGUAUAUUCAUAUAUGUAUAUUCUGUGUAUAUAUACACUAGCGUGUAUAUAUACAUAUAUACACACACACAUAUAUAUACACACACGCAUAAAGUGUGUGUAUAUAUAUACAUACCUAUAUAUCUAUAUAUAUUAGUGUUUUCUCUUCCAGGCUAGUGAAAACAAUGUGGUGCAUUGGCGUUUCCCUCCCCUGCCCCCCAAGAAGGUAAUGACAAUUGCCUCUAAAUGAGUGAAUUAAAAAAGAGUCCAUUUAAGCUGACUGGUGUGCCUUCCUGUGUAAGGAGCCUGGCCAGUAUUUGUUACUUUUGCCGUGGAUAUGUGAAUUCAGAGCAGAUAAGUAUAAAUCUUUAAACUUGGUAUGUUUGUUUGAAGUGACAGGCCUGGUUGACGCAGGUAAUAUUGUUGUCCUAAAUACUUAGACUGUGUAAGGCAUUUGACUGAUACUGCAUAAUAUUUUGAGUGAAAACCACACCAAUACAGGAAUCAACAUGGCACACAUUAAAUGGAUUAAAAUG